AUGGCGAAGCGAGGGCCAAGCAUGCAGUGUCUGGAGAUGACGACUAAGAGGAAGAUCAUUGGGCGCCUGGUGCCAUGCCGGUGCUUCCGGGGUGAGGAGGAGGUCAUCUCAGUGCUGGACUACUCCCACUGCAGCCUGCAGCAGGUGCCCAAGGAGAUAUUCAGCUUCGAGCGCACGCUGGAGGAGCUCUACCUGGAUGCCAACCAGAUCGAGGAGCUGCCCAAGCAACUAUUUAACUGUCAGGCUCUCCGGAAGCUGAGCAUGCCUGACAAUGACCUGUCAAACCUGCCAACCACCAUAGCCAGCCUUGUAAACCUGAGGGAGUUAGACAUCAGUAAAAACGGUAUUCAAGAGUUCCCAGACAACAUUAAAUGCUGUAAAUGCUUAUCUGUUGUGGAGGCAAGUGUAAAUCCCAUUGCCAAGCUCCCAGACGGCUUCACCCAGCUCCUCAACCUGACACAGCUCUUCUUAAACGAUGCCUUUCUGGAGUACCUCCCCGCCAACUUUGGCAGACUUUCCAAGUUACGGAUCCUGGAACUGCGAGAGAACCACCUGAAAACGAUGCCAAAGUCAAUACACAGACUGUCACAGCUGGAGCGAUUAGACUUGGGAAGCAAUGAAUUCACUGAACUGCCUGAAGUCCUGGAGCAGAUCCAUAACCUAAAGGAGCUGUGGAUGGACAACAACUCUCUGCAGAAGAUACCUGGGUGUAUAGGAAAGCUGAGGCAGCUGCGCUACCUGGACCUGGCUAAAAACAGGAUUGAGAGCUUGGACACUGACAUCUCUGGCUGUGAGUGCCUGGAGGACCUCCUGCUCUCUUCCAACAUGCUGCAGCAUCUGCCUGACAGCAUAGGAAUGUUGAAGAAGCUCACAACACUAAAAGUGGAUGACAACCAGCUCACCUCACUGCCUAACACCAUUGGAAGUUUAUCGCUUUUAGAGGAGUUUGACUGCAGCUGUAAUGAAUUAGAGUCCCUGCCCCCCACCAUUGGCUACCUGCCCAACCUUCGCACGUUUUCUGCUGAUGAAAACUUUCUCAUUGAACUACCCAGGGAGAUUGGGAACUGUAAGAAUGUGACAGUCAUGUCGUUACGCUCCAAUAAGCUGGAGUUUCUACCUGACGAGAUCGGGCAGAUGACCAAACUACGUGUUCUCAACUUAAGCGACAAUAGAUUAAAGAAUCUCCCAUUCACUUUCACAAAACUAAAAGAUCUUGCUGCUCUUUGGCUUUCAGACAAUCAGUCCAAGGCCCUGAUCCCUCUCCAGACAGAGGCUCAUCCAGAGACCAAGCAGAGGGUCCUCACCAACUACAUGUUCCCUCAGCAACCACGACAUGAUGAGGACUACCAGUCAGACAGCGACAGCUUCAACCCCACCUUAUGGGAGGAGCAGCGUCAGCAGAGGAUGACCGUAGCCUUUGAGUUCGAGGAGAAGAAGGAGGAGGAGGACAACUCUGGAAAAGUCAAGGUUGAGAUCAAUCUGAAGCGCUACCCCACACCGUACCCAGAGGACCUGAAGAACAUGGUGAAGUCAGUGCAGAACAUGGUGGGCAAGAACCAGCUUCCCCUCAGCACUGGUACUAACUCCUCUGGUACCAACAUGGAGUCACGAAAACAAGAACAGUAUGAGCCCCCCUGGCCCAUGCCCCCCAAAGAGGUAACAGACCGGGUGAUGGAAAGAGAGAUGUUAGAGAGAGAGAGAGAGUUCAACAAGACUCAGAUGACAGAGCAGGGCAUCAUCCACAACUCUGCCAUCGACAUCCCAAAGCGCAAGGACAAGGAGGAUCUGACUGAGAGCUCAGAGGUACAGGAGCAAUUUCCUUAUCUCUUUGUGAAAAUCGGCUCUCCGAAUGAUAUCCGUAUCUCUGAUAUGAGGCCCACCCUGGUGGAACCGUCUAUGUACAAACCAAAGGUUGUAUUACUGGGGAAAGACAAGAAAGAGUCUACAGAUGAAUCAGAUCUGGAUAAGAUGCAUUGCCUGAACAACAGUGGCUCGUCGGCCACCUACUCGGACUACUCUCCAUCCCAGGGUUCUUCUGGCUCCUCUAACCCCCCGGGCAACGUGGCCGCCCUGCAGGCUGCUGGGAAGGAUGGAGGAGUGCCUCAACAACACUGGACCAACAGGCUGGUCCAGCAGUUCCCCAAGCCCAUCGAAACCAAGCCGCUACUGAGUCAGAGAGACCCCAGAGAGACCCCUCCCUCCAGCACACUGCAGCAGCGCAGUGAGCGACGCCCCCUCAGUGACACCUUUGACCAGUGGAACGAUACCUCCCACUACGACAACACAGGCUUCGUGUCUGAGGAGGCUCCUCUGAAGACCCCCAGUAGUAGCAGCAGUGGUAACCCCAUGCUGGGCUCCAAGUCCCGCAGCUCCUCCACCUCCCACGGGGGCCGCCGGCCCCUCAUGAGGCAGGAGCGCAUCGUGGGCGUCCCCCUGGAGCUGCAGGAGGCCCCUCACCAACACCCACACCCCUCCCACCAAUUUCAUAAUGUCCGCACCACGCCUGAAAAUGAAGUGCCUCAGCCUCCCCCUCCCAACCCAUGGCAGAACUGGACGCGAACGCCCAGCCCCUUCGAGGACCGCACAGCUUUCCCCUCAAAACUGAGCUCCCCAGGCAACAGCCCCAACCCUGACCGCAAGGACUUUGAGCAGGAGAUGCAUCAUGGGGAGCUGCCGGGCACGUUCCCCUCUACAGGGACAUGGGGUUACCUAGACUCCAGGAACUCGGGGCAGGGUCAGGGGCGCAGCAACCAGCAGGCCAACAUAUCCAGCAUGUACCAACAUGUCCAAUCCAAGCCCAUUAGACCAAGCUCUGGGGCCAUGGUGAUGAGCAAGAGCUCUGAGCGCCUCUCUCCCAUGAUGAAGGAGGUGAAGGCUAAGUUCAAGAAGUCCCAGAGCAUUGACGAAAUAGACAUGGGCUCCUACAAGGUGUACAGCAUCCCCGUGGACAGCUACAGCUCCAGCAUAGAGAACCAUGGGAGUGUUGACCGUCCAGACAUGCCGGCCCCCAUGGAGCAGAGCAUGUCCCGCAGCCAGUCUGCCCCCAUGCUGGACGAUGAUGACGCCUACGGCACAAAUAGCCAGCAGCAGAAGCCUGCCAUCCCCAAGAAGGUCUACCACUUCGACCAGAGCUUCAACCCUCAGGGGGCUAUGGAUAUGAGGAAUCAGCAGCAGGAGAGGAGGGCCCCUCCGCCCUUCCCCAACACCCCUGAGUAUGUCAACCAGCCGGGGAAGACCCUGCCCAAAGAGCUGGUGAGCCCCAGGGGCUACCGGGGUUACCCUCCCAUGGACCAGAUGUUCUCCUACUCUCAGCCCUCAGUCAACGAGGAGAACCAGCCGUCCCAGCAGCAGCAACCCUUCCCCAUCCCUAGUCAGCGCUCCCGGCCUGGGUUCCUGAGGCGGGCUGACUCACUGGUCAGCUCCACAGAGCUGGCUCUGUUCCGCAGGGUUCAGGAGGCCCAGGAGAUGCAGCAGAUGUCGGACCACUACGGCCGGCAGCACUUCAAAGGCAUUCUGGAGCAACAGAACAGUCCCAGCAUGGCCCAGCAGGACCAACAGUACAACAAGAGGAAUGGCAGGUACGAGGAAGACUACUCCUCCUACCAGGAGCCCAAGAAGCCUAUCUUGGGCUACCCUACAAAGAGCCUGACGCAGCGACGCCCCCUGUCGGCCAGGAGUUACAGCACAGAGACGUUUGGGGCGUCCCAGGCCAGGCCUGUGUCUGCCAGACCCACAAUGGCUGCACUGUUGGAGAAGAUGCCCCCAGAUUAUAAUCUGAGCACGUGUACUGAGAAUAUAAAGAGCCCUGAUGAGAUGAAAAUGCGCACCAUGCAGCUGCAGCAUAAGCCUGAUGAUAUGUCCUCUAAGAUGCCAGUAGACUGGAGGCAACAGCUGCUUAGACAUAUAGAGGCCAAACGAUUAGACCGGACCCCUUCUCAACAGAGCAAUAUAUUAGACAACGGCCAGGAGGUGGUCUCUCCCACCACUCAGUGGGCCCCCUACUCACUGGGCAGGAGAGACGUGCCCCCAGAAAAUAUAAUGAAAAAGGCAGGCGGCCACCACCCCCACCAAUCACAGACAAUGAUAGUGACGUCCGCAUCGGCCACACCCCCACACCGCUCGGUGCGGGACCAGCAGUACGAGGGCGCCAUCAACAAGAUCUCCAUCCAACAGUACCAGUCUCCUCUGCCCAUGGCCACCACCACCAGUCCCCGGCCCCAGAGCGCACGCUGUCUCAUCCAGACCAAAGGCCAGAAAAGCAUGGACGGCUUCCAGGAGCAGUUCUGUGUGCGGAUAGAGAAGAAUCCAGGCUUAGGGUUCAGCAUCUCAGGUGGAAUCAGUGGCCAAGGGAACCCCUUCAAGCCUUCUGACAUGGGUAUCUUUGUUACUAGGGUACAGCCUGAUGGACCGGCCUCCAACCUGCUUCAGCCUGGGGACAAAAUACUGAAGGGCAAUGGACAUAGUUUUUUACACAUGGAACAUGAAACUGCUGUGUCUCUUCUGAAGAAUUUCCAGAAACCUGUGGACUUGGUAAUCUUGAGGGAGAGCACAAUUUAA